AUGAGGGAAGCAGAUCGCCAAGCCCCACGUCGCAGAGGCGGCGAGCGGAGGGGGCGCCAAGUGACGAACUGCCGCAGGGGGAGGGGGCCUGGGGUGGAGAAGCGCUGCGGACGCCGCGGGGAGACGUUACCUGCCGUGCGCGAGGGGGGCCGAGGGACCCUCGGGCGGGCGACCGCGAGGGUCAGGCGGCCGCCGCACGCUCCGGUGCUCGCCCUCGGCCCGCCUCAAGGGCUCGCGGCGUCCGCCAUGGAAGCACAUCCGGCCGCCUCCGGGGGACCGCGCGGACCGGCUGCCGGCCGCUUGCUGGUGUUCGUGGCCACGCUGCUGAUCGUGCUGCUGCUGAUGGUGUGCGGUUGGUAUUUUGUUUGGCAUCUUUUUUUGUCAAAAUUCAAGUUUCUUCGGGAACUGGUGGGAGACACUGGAUCCCAGGAGGGAGACCGUGAGCCUUCAGGGUCUGAGACUGAAGAAGAUGCUUCACCGUCUCCGCACAGGAUCAGGUCCGCUCGCCAGAGGAGGGCCCCUGCAGAUGAAGGCCACUGAGCCAGCCGGUCCUGUGAUGGCGAAUGACCAAGGGUUCUGGGAGUCUCUCUGUAAUGAUUGGGCUUUGCAGUUUGCUAAAGAAAUGAAGAACAUUCAUUCUUGGAUUCUAAGUCCAGUUCAAAAAAAGAUUUACAUGUAAGCCAUAUGCAAAUAAAGGGAAUUUCAACCAAAUUGGA